GAGAGAACAAAACCCAAACCCUCUCUCUCUCUCUCUCUCUCUCUGUCAAUGGACUUCCAUCUGAAGCAAUGGAGAAACCAACAUGAGUCAGAAGUGGAAGAAGAACAACAGCAGCCAUCCUCCAAGAUUCCAAAACUCCUCUUGGAUCCCUCUCCUCCUUCCUCUGGUUCUUCUGACCAGCAUCAUCCUCAUACUCCUUCUACCACUACUCCUCUCCCUUUGUUUGUACCUUCAGCUGAUUCAUCACCAACUAAGCUCACCAGCAGCCUCAACUACAGCAAUCUUUCAGCUGUUCCCACAAGUAAUAAAGAAAACCCCAACUCUCCACUAUUCAUUUUCCCUGUUUGGUCUAAUUUGAGCCGAGAAAAGAUUCCACCUUUACCUCAAAACCCACUUCCUUUCUUUUCACCCUUCAUUCCCCUCCCCUUUGUUUGGCUUAGUUUUGUGAUAAAGGAUGGGAAGUUACUUCAGCUUGGCGCAGUGGCAGGAGCUGGAGCUACAAGCUUUGAUCUACAGAUACAUGUUGGCUGGAGCUGCUAUCCCUACUGAGCUCCUCAACCCAAUCAAGAAGAGCCUUCUCCUUCACUCUUCCUCUGCUUCCCCUGCUUCCUUUUUCCUUCAGCAUUACUCCAAUCCUUAUCAGCCUUCUGCUUUGUUGCAGGGAGGGUAUUGGGGAAGGGGAACCAUGGAUCCGGAGCCGGGGCGGUGCCGGAGAACCGACGGCAAGAAAUGGCGGUGCUCGAGAGACGUGGUGGCCGGCCAGAAGUACUGCGAGCGCCACGUCCACCGCGGCCGCAACCGUUCAAGAAAGCCUGUGGAAGUUACCACCGCCGCCGUCCCCUCUGUUAUUGGUGGUACUGGUUUCAACAACUGCUCCACCGCCUCGCCAUACGGCGGUAGCUCUGCUCGCCCGCCGCUGUCGAUCCCUCUAGCUAGUGGGGUCGGCCGAGGAGGCGGCGGAUCGUUCCCUUCUGCUGAUCUGCUUCAUCUAAGCCAACGAUCGGGGACGGAGGCUUGCAACAACAGAUCGGACGGCGGACACGUCCUGAGACACUUCUUCGACGACUGGCCGAGAGAGUCGGAGGACAGUGGCGCCGGACAUUCCUCUACAUGCCUGACGAUAUCGAUGCCGGCGACGGCUUCCGACGUGUCGUUGAAGCUGGCUACCGGCAACGACGGCGGGGAAGAGGAGGGUGGAGGGAGCGAAAGGGCCCAGGCCCAAAUCAACUGGGCCACGGGGUGGGCCGGGAACCAUAUGGGUGGGCCGCUGGCCGAGGCCUUUAGAUCGUCUUCCUCCGCUUCGAAUUCGUCUCCUACAAGCGUUCUAGGCCAGCUGCCUCGCGUCACUGCUUCUGCUGAGACCAGCUUCGUCAGCGCUUAGAGAAACACCCUCAUUUGAUUUUUCUCCUGCUUUGGAAAUCUGUGUAUACGACACCGUUUAAUAAUCGCCUGGGUUCUUUGUUCUUCAUGCUUCGGUUUGUGGUUUGUUUGUAUGAGAUGUAAGUUGAUUCAUAACAUUUUGUUCCUCAAAGCAUGCCUCUAGUGUUCUACAGUUGAUUGCAUUUGUUUGACGACAAUCGUUCCAAUUUUAUCUGAUGUCUCUUGAAGGAAUCGAGCCUGUACGUAAUUUUGUCAGACGAAAACUCGAUACAAGGUUUGACUUAUAAUUAUUCAGGAAGGAAGGUGGUA